AUGGCGGUGCGGGCGCUGCUGCUGCCGCUGCUGUGCGCGGUGUCCGCGGCCAUGCCCGGGCCCCCCCCGCCGCAGCCCCGCAACGUCUCGGUGGUGCUGGAGCCCGGCUCGGGGCUCCGCGUCCUGCCCGGCCGCCGCCCCGCUGCUAUCGCCUGGGCCAGCCUCGACGACCGCAUCCCCGCCGUGGGCUGGGCCUUCCUGGAGGUGAGCACCAACGCCUCGUACAGCGACACCCUGCAGGCCUACGCUGCCGGGCUCGCCGAGGCGGCCGUGUCCGAGGAGCUGAUGUACAUGCACUGGAUGAACACCAUGGUGGGCUACUGCGGCCCCUUCAAGUACGAGAGCGAGUACUGCGAGAAGCUGCGGAGCUACCUGGAGGCCAACCUGGGCUGGAUGGAGGAGCAGAUGGGGAAGGGGGAGGACCCCGAGUACUGGCACCAGGUGCGCCUGGCCCUGCUGCAGCUGAAGGGGCUGGAGGACAGCUACAACGGGCGCCUGGACUUCCCCCGGGGCAGGGUCUCUCUGUCCCCCUUCGGCUUCCUCCUGCUGCAGCUGGGGGGGGACCUGGAGGACCUGGAGUCAGCCCUGAACCGCUCCUCCCCACGGCGCAUCCUGGGCUCGGGCUCCUGCUCUGCCCUCCUGAAGCUGCUGCCGGGACACCGGGAUCUCCUGGUUGCCCACGACACGUGGACCUCCUACCAGUCCAUGCUGCGCGUCAUCAAGAAGUACACACUGCCCUUCCGCACCUCGGGUGCUGGCAAUGCUCAGAUCCCUGGCAGCAUCCAAGUGUUCUCCUCCUACCCCGGCACCAUCUUCUCCGGCGAUGACUUCUACAUCCUCAGCAGCGGGUUGGUGGCGCUGGAAACCACCAUUGGGAACAACAACCCGGCGCGGUGGAAGUACCUGGAGCCGCGCGGCAGCGUCCUGGAGUGGCUGCGGAACAUCGUGGCCAACCGGCUGGCGCGCAGUGGUGCCGAGUGGGCCGCCGUGUUCCGGCGCUUCAACAGCGGCACGUACAACAACCAGUGGAUGGUGGUGGAUUAUAACGCCUUCACGCCGGGGAGGACAAGCCCGUCGCAGGGGGUGCUGACCGUGCUGGAGCAGAUCCCGGGCCUGGUGGUGGUGGCCGACCGGACGGAGCUGCUGUACCAGCAGGGCUACUGGGCCAGCUACAACCUGCCGUACUUCGAGGAGGUCUUUAACGCCAGCGGGACCCCGGAGCUGGUGGAGAAGUACGGGGACUGGUUCAGCUACGACAAGAACCCGCGCGCCCAGAUCUUCCGCCGCAACCAGACCCUGGUCCAUGACCUGGACUCCAUGGUGCGCCUCAUGAGGUCCAACAACUACCUGCAGGACCCGCUGUCGCGGUGCCGGGGCUGUGACCCCCCCCAGAACGCAGAGAACGCCAUCUCCGCCCGCUCUGACCUCAACCCCCCCAACGGCACCUACCCCUUCCCUGCCCUGCGCCAGCGCUGCCACGGCGGCACCGACAUGAAGGUCACCUCCUCGGGCAUGGUCCCCACCUUGGGGCUGGUGGCUGCCAGUGGUCCUGCCUGGGAUGAUGUGCCCCCGUUCCGCUGGAGCACGUCCCCAUGCAGCGCCCUGCUGCACAUGGGCCACCCUGACCUAUGGACCUUCCCCCCCAUCAAGGUCCGCUGGGAUUGAGCAGGCACCGGGAUGAUCCCAUCCAUCCAUGGGCAUCCCUGUGUGGGGAUCCCUCUUGGGGGGGCUGCAGUGUUGCCCCUGUGCCUACAGGACUGGUUUGGGUGCAAAGAGGGGGGGUCCUCUGCACCCCAGGUUCUUUCUGCUUCUGCCUCUCGCUGCCGUGUCCCCAUGGUGCUGAGCUGCACCGGGACCGUGUCCCCUGCCAGCCAUGGGGCUCUGGGACCUUUCCCUGGAUGUUGACACUGGGUUUUGGUGGGAGGCUGGUGCUGGCCCGCAGGCAGAGAGCAGGGCAGUGAACUGGUUGGGCUGUGACAAAUAAAGUGCUCUGCGUGCAGCAGAGGGGGUGGAUGUGCUUUG